AUGGGGUUGGGAGCCAAGGCUAAGAUCCAGGCCAAGGCAGUGGCUGAGGCAGAACUGAAAACAGGACCAGUGCCCCAGGCCAAGGCUGGGGAUGGAGCAGUGGCCAACACAGUGACCUACACUGAGGCCGUGACUAUGACAAGGGAUGUGGGCAAGAUGGAAGCUAUGACUAAGAAUAGAGUCAUGACUGAGACUAAGGCAAAAUCCAUGGCAGAACCUGGUAUAGUGCCCCAGACCAAGCCAAAGGUGAUGCCUAUGGCCAGGGUCAGUGCAGUGACCAAGUACGAAGUCAAGGCUGGUGCUGGACGUGAAGCCAAUAUCAGGUCCUUUGCCAAGGCUGAUGAUAAAGCCAAUAUUAAGUCCAGGCCCCAGAAAAAGAGAGAGGACGGCAUCAAAUUCAGGGCUGGGGCUGGGGACAAAACUGGUAUUGUAAUCAAGUCCAGUGAUGAGGAUGAAGAAAAUGUCUGCUCCUGGUUCUGGACCGGAGAAGAGCCUAGUGUAGGAUCCUGGUUCUGGCCUGAAGAGGAGACUCCUUCUCAAGUUUAUAAGCCUCCACCUAAGAUCCAGGAAAAGCCCAAGCCCAUACCCAAACCAGAACUCACUAUAAAACAAAAAGCAGCAGCAUGGUCAAGGGCCAGGUAUAGUGUCCUAGUCCCAAUAGAAGGAGGGGAGCCGUCCUUGCCUGCAGAAGGGAAUUGGACUCUGGUUGAGACCUUGAUUGAAACUCCUCUGGGGAUUCGGCCUCUGACCAAGAUCCCACCCUAUAACGGGCCUUACUUCCAAACCUUAGCUGAGAUCAAAAACCAGGUUAAGUAUAGGGAAAAGUAUGGGCCCAAUCCAAGAGCCUGCCGCUGUAAAUCACGUGACUUUAGUUUAGAGCCUAAAGAGUUUGAUAAACUCGUUGCCCUACUUAAGUUAACUAAGGAUCCUUUUAUUCAUGAAAUAGCUACUAUGAUAAUGGGCAUCAGUCCUGCUUAUCCAUUUACCCAAGAUAUAAUUCAUGAUGUAGGUAUUACUGUUAUGAUUGAAAACUUGGUCAAUAAUCCCAAUGUUACAGAACACCCUAGAGCUUUAAAUAUGGUAGAUGACAACUCUGAGUCUUCUGAAGAACCAAAACCAGCAGAGUUAUAUAUACAUCAAGUUUGUAAGGACAUAAUCUCUUACCCGUUGAACUCCCCUGUGCAACUGGCUGGACUAAAAUUAUUAGUGCACCUGAGUGUGAAAUUUGAGGAUCACCGUAUAAUUGCUAAUUACAUUCCAGAUUUUCUUACCUUGUUAAACAAGGGAAGUGUCAAAACCAAGUUUUAUGUUUUAAAAGUGUUUUUGCGCUUGUCUAAAAAUCAAGCCAAUACAAGAGAACUGAUUAGUGCCAAAGUACUAUCAUCAUUGGUUGCUCCCUUUAACAAGAAUGAGUCAAAGGCCAAUAUUCUUAAUAUCAUUGAAAUAUUUGAGAAUAUAAAUUUCCAAUUCAAAAAGAAGGUGAAGCUGUUUACCAAGGAAGAGUUCACUAAAUCUGAGCUUAUUUCCAUAUUCCAGGAAGCAAAAGAGUUUGGUCAGAAACUCCAAGACUUAGCAGAGCACAGUGAUCCUGAGGUGAGAGAUAAAGUUAUACGAUUAAUACUCAAACUCUGAAUGGCUGUAUGUUCUCACAAAACCAUGAACAAUUUUUUUGGUGUUGUAAUAUGAAGCCACGCGUAUUAUAAUUGUUAGUUCAAUAUUUAUGUUAUUUGUAUUGAUUGAAGGAGGCAACCUUAUGGCUACCAAAUGAUCUUGAGAGCUUGAAUGUGUGUUGAUUUUCAUUGUGCUAUAUAAAUGGAGAUAUUUUUAGUAUUUCUGCAACAUUACCUGAUAAUGGACCUAUUCAUUCUGAGUAAGCUAUACUUCUGUGCUUUAUAUUGACAUAAGUGUAUUCAUUUGAGACUUUAUUUACAUGUUAAUAAAGUUGCAUGCUAAAACUGGUGAAAA